AUUUUUCACUUUUCAGGUUCCAGUAGGGACAAUCUCAUUAACACUGUAUACAAAUUGCACCGAACGCGGUUACGAAUUCUAGAGCCAUAUCGGAAGCUGAAAAAUGCUCUCAAGCAACUACAAGAAGACUACUUGAAAUCGAAAGGAACAAAUCCCAUCGUGCGAUAUAUGAGGUUACAGCAAAGCGUUAGAGAAGUUGUAAUCAUGGAGAAGCAGUACUGGAAACUACUCGAUUUGCCGAAUCAGGAAGGCGCUGAAGACCCGAAUGACUACGUCGUAAGGAUUAUACACCUUCUCGAGGAGACAUCACCAUGUCCACCUCCAUCAGGAGGCAUCGGUGCACUGCUUAGUUCCACAAUGAUGGGAAGGAGCAUGGAAACUCGGGUUGAUCAAAGUCUUUACGAUUCGAUCAAAAGCCGAAAAACGGAAGAGUUGCAAAAAGACUGUGAAAAUCUCUAUGUUCAACUUUACAAGUUAAUACGGAAGUAUCAAGGACUGAGGAAAAUUAUCAAGGAUCUUCACGACAAAUACGACUCAUCACGACUUUACCCCAUCGUUCCUCGGUAUCCUAUACUGAAAAAGAUGAUCAAGACUGUCCUCAGAGCUCCUGAAUUCGCUGAUAUUUGCCAUGAACAAACAGAAUGA